CAGCCUGCCCCGCUUUUACUCCUCCACCGCUCACAACUUCUACAAGUUUUCUCCCACCGCGAGUCCUGCCGCUCAGAGAUUAACUUGACUUCUCCUCGCAAUGGACCCCAACUGAGAGCCGAGAGCUCCAGACUGACUGAGGUUUUGAGCAAUGGCGCCCUUCGGACGAAACUUUCUGAAAGCGCGCCUGAAGAACAGGACUAAGGAUGCAGAGGAGACUCCAGGGAAGGAAAUCCAAGUGCUGGUUUGCCAAGAAGAAAAAAUUGUCAGUGGUGUCACCAAGCAUACAACUUGUGCUGAUGUAGUUCAGGCUUUACUGGAAGACCAUAAGACCAUACCGGAAAGUAAGAGGCUCCUGCAUGGAGAGCCUAAAGAGUUCUGUCUUCUGGAAAGGUGGAAGGGUUUUGAAAGGGCUUUGCCCCCUCUCACCCGUAUCCUCCGGCUGUGGAAUGCUUGGGGCGCUGAGAGACCCUUUAUCCAGUUUGUGUUGGUAAAGGCCAGUGACUUUGUGCCAUCCUCUACUGGUGCCAAGAGGGCCACAAAGUCUCGAGGGGUCAGGUCUAAGAGAUGGGAGCAGGGUCCAGCACAGUAUGCCAAGACCCUACCUGUGGAGCGUCAGAAGCGUAUGGUGAAGAAGGCCUUUCGCAAGCUGGAGAAGAUGCAGAAGGGAGGAUCAUCAGAGGGUUCAGAGGAAAUUGACAAAAUGGUGCAGCUGAUCAUUUCUCAGGACCACACCAUCAGGCAGCAGAUCCACCAAAUGCGAGAACUGGACCUGGAGAUCCAGCAGAUGGAGCAGCAGCUGAAGGAAAGUUCCUUAUCUGGCUCUGACCUCAGCGACAGCUCUAAUGAACAGUUGCUCGCUUUGUCUAUGAUCGAGUUUGAGGACCAACUGCAGGAGUACCUUUACACUGGCAAUGGUGUGGAACAGCUGGAGCUACAGGUGCGCCAGCAUCAAGAACUCAUUGACGAGCUGUCCAGAGACAUUGACCUGGAGCUGAAAAGAACCAUAUGGACGGUAGACUCUGAUGAGCUAGAAGGGGCAGCAGCGGCAGGUCCUGCAGUGGAUCUGGACCCUGUCUCCACUUUGUCACCUGCAGAAUGUUUAGAGCUUGAAGGCUUGCGCAGUGAGCUGGAUCUGAGUAUGAGAACAGGACUUUCAAUCCAUGCCCAGACCCAGGAUAUGGAGAAACAGCUGCAGCACAACGGCAAGUUGUUACAGUCCAGAAACCAGGAGUAUCAGCACCUCAUUGCCCAGCUAAGCUCACUGCAGCUAGGGGACUGCCCUGAUCCACCAACCCCUGUGUCCCUGCAGAGUCCAAUCAGGGCUGGCAUCUGUCAGACAGUAGGAAAGCUGAAACAGAACCUUUCUCCUACUGAUAUUACAGACACAGACUCAGACACUGGUAUAAGCUCUACUCAUAGUCAGGACUCACUGUCUCCUUGUGUGGACAGACCACCACCCCUAGACACUGAUGUUUAGGAUCUAGACUUUAGAAGCAAUAUGUGAUCUCAUAGCAAGCAUACAUGUCUGGAGACAACCAUGAUGGGAUUUGGCUUAAGUCUGGGUGGGAAUUUUAAAUUUAUCAGGCUUAAAGAUGUUGUGACAUCUAAAACAAGAAAUUGCUAGAGUGAGUUUGUCAAUAUUGCCUGACCGUCAAAAAGGCAGUCGUUAGUGUCAUAGAUGUAAACUAUAAUAGACUCCAGUUAAGUUUUACGUGUGAUACAUGUACAGAAAACACAAAUGCUUUAUAAAUAAAUAUCUCUUGCAUGGGAAAAAAACAUUCAGUGAAAAAGUACGGUUUUACACUUAGAACACAUCACUGGACAGCAGUGAAAAAGUAAUCCAAUGCAAAUAUGUAAUGGGAUUACUGUACUCACUACUUCUUAGAAAAAGUAGCAAAAUUACUCCUUAAUUUACCUUUAAAACCUACACAAAUCUCUACAACUAAAAAGUACGAAGGAUAUUCCAAUUCAGUACAUUAUUUACAUAGAAAGCACCAAUCACUGUAAACAUAAUUUAAAAGGCCUAUUACUAACACUGCCCUGCAAGAUACAGCUGGUUAUGCUGAUUAAAAUGAUAAACGCUGUUGAACACCAAUAACCUUAUACUAGAAACUGUCCAUAAACAGCUGCCUUGAAAUAAAAUCUUUAUGAAUAAACUGUAAAGCUUACAGAGCUUACAGAGUUUCUGAAUAAAAAUCAAGUCUGUAGCUGGGAUUUGAGCACUUGUUUCUUCAGCAUAGGGAUCUUUUCCAUAAUUUCCAUCCUUCCAUCAUUUUCAUAUUAGCAUAAUUAGAUGCUUCAACAAAUGUUCGCUCAGUAGAUAGAAAACACAUGUAAGUAUACAAAACAUACAAGGACAGAACAAAUAAUAUAGAGGAAAUUUGUAUUAAAUGCAUCCUGCUUAAUACUCUUUGUUAGAAACAUGAGUAACACAAGUAACCUUUUUAUUAAGGCAGUGACUGUAACGUUAUUACAGAACUAAAACUGUAAUGCGUUACACUACUUUGUAAUGUGUUACUUUGCACUGCUUUACCUCCAAAUCUCACGAACAUGUAAUAAAAACUAAGAAUGCGUUAUCGUCGGCUGGAUACAGUGACUAUGGUUACAAUGGAGUAAAAGUGAUAGAAGUGGGUAGAAUUGGCUGCUGCAUUCACAGAUAAUGUUUCACUAGCGAGCAGGGUGUUGUCUUGCUUGUGUUAUUGAUUUGCCUUCAGAUUUUAAAAGUUUACUAGAGGAAUUUGGGGGCAGGUUUAAGAGGGAAAGCCUAUUUAUGGAGCCUUCUCAGUGGCCAUCCACUACCAAUUUUUUAACAAGUUGUCUCCAGAUGUGUAGCGUCAUUAUGAGAUCACUUUUGGCCCUGUGAGACUGUAUGCACAAUGUUGGGCACCCCUGGUCCAAUAACAUUGUUUUUAAGUAAAAAUAUGUUAACAGUCCUUAACAGAGAACACACUUUUACACAUUCCAGUGCACAAACAUUUCUGUUUUUUCACUGAAUUGAACAAAAUUGAAUUUUUCCAAUAGGUUAAACUCAGCAGAUAAAUAGAAAUUUUGGCCUAAAAUUUAUAAAAAAUAGACAUGUUUCAAUGUGUUCUCUGUAGAGGAUUUAAUCACUUAACCAAGGGUGUUCAAACUUUUGCAUAUGCCAGAGACCAAAUAGGUAAGUUUUUUUCAGGCAGCUUGACCAAGAGCUUUUGAUUUAAUUCACAUUUGUUUGUAGUGAUGUAGUGUUGGACUUAAAGCUACCAGUCAAUUUCAAGCACUAGCACUGUUAGCACAGGCUUAUGACGUGUGCUUUCCAUAGAGCAGAGGGAGUGAACAUUACUCUAUGUAUCUCAGUGGAGUACACAUUGUUAUCUACCCAUCUGUUUAUGAGAUCAAGCAUUCAGAUCACUCAAGUUACAUCACUCUUCCCUACUCUUGCUGUUUAAAAACAGUUAGCAAUCCUUGAUAGUAAAUGACAACACAUCUCCAAAAGAUUGAAUUCCAUAAUGGUAUCAGCACAUACCACAAGAGUCAAACAACAUACAACAGUAAUCCCUCCCAGGUUUGAUCUGAUGAUAUUUAUUAAGGUCAGAGUUCUUGUUCUUAGAUGUUUCUGCUCACUACAGGCUUUUCUAUAGGCCUUUUCUCUUGAGACUGUUGCUUUACAUUGAAUGUAAGUUUUUAAGGCCAUAGAAAUACCAUUAAAAAUAUGCUUAUCAAUGAAAGAAUAAUUGUUUUAUAUUAAAACACACCACAGGCAGUUUGUAGAUCUGAUUUACCAUUUUUUCAGACAUUCUUUAAAAACGUGCAGCAGAAUUUUUAUUUUUCUUAUGUCAGCCUAUUUGAUAAGCUAUGGUAUAAACUUAUAAUCAUAUGCACACAUAUUAGAUGUGAUAACAGUUAAUGUGAUUUUGAAUUAAAAAAAAGAAUAGAAUUUAUUUAUUAUACGCCAUGUGUUUUAUUUAAAGUGACCCACUAUGCCACUGUUUUAAAAAUGUAUUUUCACCUAGAUGAGUUUAAAUGUUUGUACAUGCAACAUUUCAUUCGCACUUCACAGAGUCUUUUUAAAAUGAUUUUUAUAAUAUUUUCCCAAUAAAAUUUCCCAAUAAAACGUU